UUCUUCUUCUUCCUCCCUGUUGCCGUCCUCCUCUCUCCCCAAUCUGGUCGGCCUCCGACGGAGCGGAGAGGAGGACGCCUAUCCAGCCAAGCUCGCACUCGGACCUCUCUCCUCGGAUAUGUAGCAUGUCUUGAUCUUUCCCAGCUGCGGCGACCGAGGAAUCAAAUCGAACCCUUUCUCUGUCCUCCCCAUCAGACCGUGUCGGAUUCGAUUGCUUCAGGGUGGGUUGCUACUGAUCCAAUCCGUACGUCAUUCAUCUUGGGCCGAUUGCCAGGGAAAGAGGGAAGGAUGGAGUUCGGGAGGAGGAAGCCCAUGAGCCUUCUGGAGCUCUGCAUCCGGAAGGCCAUCGACAACCUCCGCUACAUCGAGAGCGUCGACGGCAUCGAGAUGGAUCUGCUCAAGCGCAUCCUGCCGCACUGCACGCUGGAGCAUCUCACCAAAAUCGAGGAGAACACCAAGAUGGAUCUUAGCUCGGUAACUGAUCCGCUGUGGAAGCGAUUCUAUUUUCGAGAAUUCGGUGAGGAGCAUACGAACAAAGUUAUCGCGAGACUGAAGAGUCUGAAGGAGACUCGGUCAGACACGAAAUACACAUGGUGGAAGCUCUUCGAGGCGAGACAAAAGAAACAGAAGCAAGCUGAAGAUGAGAUGGUUGAGAAAUUCACAAAGAAGUUUCAGGCAGAGAAAGCUGAGAAACAAAGCAAACAAAUUAAACUUUGUACAAAGGUGCCUCCAAGCAGCAAAAGAAGUUUCUUUGGAGGAAGUGGACCUAGCAGUCUAUCCAAUUGCAGCUACAAGAGCCCUAUGCUGAAAAAGGCUAGGAUGGAGGCUACCAGUCAAGCAAGAUUGCAAUCUGCUAUCCAAAAGAACACUUUUGCGAGGUCAUCUCAGCCAAUAAGGACGACCUCUUUUAGUGGACAGCCAGUGAGAACAACUACCAUUCAUAGACCCAAUUCAACCAUCACUACCACCAAACCGAUUCAUAGACCCAAUUCAACCAUCACUGACACCAAACCGAUUCAUAGACCCAAUUCAACCAUCACUACCACCAAACCGAUUCAUAGGCCCAAUUCAACCAUCACUACCACCAAACCGAUGGUAAAAAGCAGGCAAAUUCAGAACAGCAAACUGAUGGAAAAAAGCAGGCAAAUUCAAAACAGCAGGCCCAAAUUCUAGAAAAUGGUUUGCUGCGAUGUCGCAAGAUCAACUUCCAGAGCUCAUGUGUCCUCUGCAGAAAGCACCUCUUUUGUACAAGAUGUGUUACUUUGCACCCGUAGCUGUGCACUUGGAACUGUAUCUCAAAAGGAGUAGCACAAUUUUUUUGCAAAGGAGAGACUUGCCAAUUGUAACAUAUGAGGGCGCAUUACCAAUAUUUGUAACAAACAAUUUCUUGUAUUAAAGAAAAAAAGGUUUUGUUUC